CUCGCGUCUGGUGUAAACAUUACCUCAGAUUCUGUUAUCCGUCGAUAUUUCGUAGCCUUUGGUGGUUGGCUACAUUCAUCCAGUAAAUAUUCCUUAUAUCUUCUUUUUUGCGCCAUCUCUUCAGCGCGGAAAAUGCACGUCCAUAAACAAGCGCGGACCGGAUAUACUAUAGACAAGCGCAAGCAGGAUAAAAUAUUGCAUGUGAUUGGCAGAAAUGUGUAAACGGUCUAUUUAAGCCAAUCACAAAGCACCGUUUCAGUUUUUGUUUUUUUCAAAAUUCAAGAUUGCAUCAUUUCAGUUACACAUGCGCGAAAAUUAAGAUGGCGUGCCCAAAGAAAGCGGGAAGCUGCGGUCCACCAAGUGUAAGUAAAUCCUAUUUAGCUUGAUAACAUGCUUUUAAAUGUGUUUAUUUUUGACUUUGGAACAAUAUUUCUCAUACAGUGUGCUGCCGGUAUACAAAAUGCUGGAUAGUAGGUUAUAUUGUCAGAAGAAGGCAUUAACUGUAAAAGUUAAAUACGUUGCAAAACAUGUCAGUCCUAUGAUAUGGGUGCCAAAAUGUGGAGUUGUUUGGCAGAAGUAACGUUAUGAUGCUAGUUAAUAUUGAUUUUAGUAUGUUAAACUUGUUAAGCAAGUAUGUUAAGCAAAAUCGCGCCAAGAAACUACUUUAGUAAAUAAUAUUGUUUAACAAUUGCUUAAAUCAGUUUGAUAGCAUGAAUCAUCCCACUAUAAGUCCCCGUGUGUUUCAACCAUACAACACGGAGCCCUAAACGGUUGUUGUUUUUUGGAUUUCGCACGCCUAGUUGCAUUUUCAGCCAAGGCGCAAUAGUGUGUAACGUUAGAGUAGUAAAGUUGGCACAUUAACUGAUUUAUUCAAGUCUAUGUGUAUAACAUAUAGUUUUCUCAAAAAUACAGCAUUUUGUGUUUUUGUCUUUUCUCCAGAAAAAAAACUGUUUGGAAAGUUCCGAUGAUGAUGAUACAGACAUCGAGAUGAAGCGACAGCGAGUCAAAUCAAAUAAACAAAAAAGGCUUGCGAAAGAGAGAAUCCUCACUCAGUUGAAGGACACACUGAAAAAACCACUCAACUCUGCUCCUAGCAAAAACAUACAAUUCCACCCCUCUUCCUCACAUAGUGAGGAGGAAGCUGAAGCAGAACCUGUGGACACAAAUGUUGACUUGUUUGAUUACCCAGAGGCUUCUACGGUAAUAGACACAUCAGAAGCUCCUGGGGCAAGUGGGGAUAGUGUGGUGCAGUCAUUUGUCAGCAGUGAAGUGGUGGAAGCUCUGAAAGAAAUACCCACCUUAGUAAGAUGUGUUAAGGAUCUAAUAACCACAAUGAACAGAGGGAGUGAUUCUGGCAGUACAAGCUCGGAGUCCCCUAGGCCUGCCCAAGAAAUGAUUUCUCUGGGCAACACUGCUGUUCAAGUCAGCAAAAGCUGCUUUAGACGACUCAACCGAAGCAGGAUGUCCCUGUUUACGCAGGAACUGGCUGUUUUGCUGUUUGGGAGGGAUGUUCUGGGAUCAUCUAGCCUCACUGGGAGUGGGUCGCAGAAAAACAAGCUAGACUCAGAGAAAGUCAAUGCACUUAUUGACACGGUGAUGUCCGAGUUUCCUGGCACUUCCCUCUCGGAGGUGAGAGCUGUAAUACGCAGAAAAUGUAACAAUGAAAACUUUGUGUCCAAAAAAAAAUACUAA